AUUCCCAUAAUCUAGCAUGUCCUUGUCGGUCUCGGUAGAUUCAUUAUUUUGAGCGGGAAUGUUCAUUAAUGUUUUGCAAGUUUAGACAAAAUAUAACCAUUGUUACAAGCAUAUUUUCAAUAGCCUUUUCACUUAACAAUUGUAAAAUGGGUAUUCAUGGUUUAACUAAACUAUUGGGAGAUCACGCACCGUCAAGUAUGAAAGAAAAUGAAAUUAAAAAUUAUUUUGGACGCAAAAUUGCUAUUGAUGCGUCAAUGAGUAUUUAUCAGUUUCUUAUUGCAGUGCGAUCUGAAGGAAACCAACUAACAAAUGAUUCUGGUGAAACUACAAGCCACCUUAUGGGACUAUUCUACAGAACUAUUAGAAUGCUUGAAAACGGCAUCAAACCUGUAUAUGUCUUUGAUGGAAAGCCUCCUAUGAUGAAAUCUGGAGAACUUGCAAAACGAACUGAAAGAAGGGAAGAAGCUCAAAAGUUAUUAGAUCAAGCUACUGAACAAGGUGAUCAAGAAAAUAUUGACAAAUUUUCUAGAAGAUUGGUUAAAGUUACGCCUCAGCAUAACAAAGAAUGUAAAGAGUUGUUGGAUCUUAUGGGUGUUCCUUACAUUGAUGCUCCAUGUGAAGCAGAGGCCCAGUGUGCUGAGCUUGUUAAAGGUGGAAAGGUAUAUGCAAUGGGAUCAGAAGAUAUGGAUUCUUUAACAUUUGGUGCAAAUAUUUUACUUAGACAUCUGACAUUUAGUGAAGCCAGAAAGAUGCCAAUCCAAGAGUUUCAUUAUAGCAAAGUUUUGGAAGAAUUAGAGCUCACUAAAGAGCAGUUUGUUGAUUUAUGCAUUUUGCUUGGUUGUGAUUAUUGUGCAUCAAUAAAAGGUGUUGGUCCUGUUACAGCAAUGAAGCUUAUAAAAGAGCAUCGAAAUAUUGAAGGCAUCAUAAAGCAUUUACAAUCAAAAGAUAAAUAUACUAUACCUGAAAAUUGGAUGUAUGAAGAUUCUCGUUUAUUGUUUUUAGAACCUGAAGUCACACCUGCUGAUCAGGUUCAGUUAAAAUGGAAGGAGCCAGAUGAAGAAGGCCUUGUAGAAUACAUGGUAAAACAAAAAGGAUUUAGUGAAGAUAGAAUAAGAAACGGUGCGAAAAAAAUUCUCAAAGCGAAAAAGACAUCAACACAAGGUCGAAUGGAUAGUUUUUUUAAAGUAAUACCUUCGAGUUCCCCGGCUGUUAAACGAAAGAAAGAAGAUAAAAAAACUCCAGCAAAGAAAAAAACAAAUGCUGGAAAGUUCAAAGCAAAGUAGAGGCAUCCGAUAUAAAAUAGAAACAGUUGUUAUUAAAUAGAUUUAUGAAGCAAAUUUUUUUAAUUAAUAUGUAAGUCAAGCAGGAUACUUUUUAACGAUUGACAUUUACAUAUGCUGCGAGUUUAUAAAAAAUUAAUGAAAAAAAUUGUUGACUGGUUUGUUUAGGUUUUUUGCAAUAUUUCUUUAUUAACAAGAACUUAUUUUUAUUGCAACUUUUUAAAAUAAAAUAUAGCUUCCAUUUCGUAAUAGAGUUUAAAAUGCAAUCGUUUUUAUCAAGGAAUAAAAUGAUUCUAGCCAUGUCAGUGGAUGACACGCUUAGUUGUAUAUUUUUAUUCUCAUUUUUUUCGAUGUAUUAUAAAAUUAUUUCAAGAAUCAAUAUAGAUAUCAAAUACGAAAA